CAGAUGUCAAGAUGGAAAUACUAGCCUUUCUCCAGCCAAACAUUCUCUGUAUAGUUUUGGGCAUAGUGGUUGCUAUAUUGGUAUGGAUGAACAGAGGGAAGCAAAGGAGCUUUGGAAGAUUACCCCCGGGGCCUCGUCCAGUACCACUUAUAGGAAACCUACUGCAAAUAGACCUGAAGGAGCCAUACAAGUCUUAUCAGGAGCUUUGUAAGAAGUAUGGGCCUGUGUGUACUAUCUGGCUGGCCAACAAACCAGUGGUGAUCUUGUCAGGUUAUCAGACCAUCAAAGAUGCCCUCGUCCUCCAGGGAGAGGAGUUCAAUGGGAGAGCUCAAUACCCUUUCCUGGUGAAGGCAACCAAUGGAUAUGGUGUGAUGGUGAGCAGUGGUCAUCGCUGGCGAGAGCUCCGUCGGUUCUCCAUCAUGACGCUGAAGAACUUUGGGAUGGGGCGGAGGAGCGUAGAGGAGAGGGUGCAGGAGGAGGCCAGGAGUCUGGUGAAGGCCUUUAAUGAGUAUGAAGGUGGACUCUUCAAUCCCAGAGAGCUGCUGUGUAAUGCCGUGGCCAAUGUCAUCUGCUCCAUAAUGUUUGGGCAGCGCUUUGAAUAUAAAGAUCCUGAUUUCUUGCUGCUCUAUAAUGCAGUCACUGAUGUCUUCAUCGUCCUCAACAGUCCCAUUGGCCAGCUCUACAACUUGUUUCCUGGAAUUCUUGACCGUCUUCCUGGAAAGCACAGAGACAUGUUUGCGUUGCUGCAGGACACUCAAGCUUAUGUGAAGAGGGAGGCAGACACCCGAAUUAAGCACCUGGAUGUCAACUCCACCCCACAGGACUACAUUGAGGCCUUCAUGAUUAAAAUGAUCCAGGAGAAGGACGUCCCAAAUAGUGAGUUCCAUUAUGACAACCUGCUGGGCAGUGUGUGGAACCUGUUUUCAGCUGGAACUGAGACGACCUCCUCCACCCUGAGACAAAUGAUACUGAUGAUGAUCAAGCACCCACACAUUCAAACACGUGUCCAAAAAGAGAUUGAUGAGGUGAUUGGACCGGACGGAAGUCCAUCCAUGGACGACAGGUCUAAGAUGCCGUACACGGACGCCGUUAUUAAUGAGGUCCAGUGCAACAUGGACCUGACCCCGACCUCAGUGCCUCACAAGGUCACUGUCGACACAGAGUUCAAGAACUACCACAACCCCAAGGAUACUAUGGUUCCUCUGCUCUCCUCGGUUCUCUCUGACCAUAAACUGUGGAGGAACCCAGGAAACUUUGACCCCGAAAACUUCCUGGAUGAGGAGGGGCGAUUUAAGAAGAAUGAUGCCUUCUUGGCUUUUGGAUUAGGGAAGCGUAACUGCCUGGGAGAGGGUCUGGCGCGGAUGGAGCUCUUCCUCUUCACAUCCUCUCUUCUCCAGCGCUUCACCUUCGUGGGCACCAGGCCCCCAGAGGAGAUCGACACCACCCCCAAGUGCUGUAGUUUUGGCUGGCUGCCUCGCGUCUACGACUGCUACACCAAACUCAGGGUGUAG